CAACCAACCAGUCGGUAUUGAACAACCUAAAAAUCAUGAGCCGCCAUGAAUGACCAAAAACACCAAGAAAAAGUGCCAGAUUUAUGGGAUGAAUGGGAAAAUGAAAGUAGUUUUAAGGAAAUUUCGAAUGAAAAAGAAAAAUUACCAUGUAACAAGGAAACAACCCAUCAGGAUAACGUACGCCUCUGGAAAGAAGCUAACCAGCGAGUUCCAGAUGUAGAAUUUUUAAAUUCGCCAAGAACAGUAUAUAAACAGUCUCUUAAGAUCCUUAGACGUUCAGUUGAUCAAUUAAAUAAUUCAGAAACAUCAUCGGAAUUGCCCGAGAAGCCGGUAUCUAUAGAGUCGAUACAAGGUCAUCGAGAAAAAGAACAGAGAUAUAGAAAGGCUCGACAGAAAAUCUUCGGUGAACCAUAUACAGAAAAAGAUUAGUAUAUACCAGUCCGGUCAGCCAUUGGGCCCUUCUCGGGAGGAGGG